CAAACUUCACAAGUCUACAACGCACCGUAUGCUUUAUUGCAGCGCAAGGGCAUAAACCCCUUCCCCCCUGCAAAUGCUGCAAAAGAGAACACUCACUCAUCUUUGCAGAAAACUUCUUAAACCCUACCCCUUUCUUUCAAUUCUUCUGGCGACUACAACACCGUCGAUGAGUUCUACACUUGACGGAAAAAUCUCCGGCGAUUCACUCGACGCCAUUGUUAAAGCUCCAUUGAAAACUAUGGAAGAACCAGAUGUCGGAAUUCUCUGCUACAUAUCUCAUCUCCCUGGUUUUCGCGGCAUUCUUAAACAAAGGUACUCGGAUUUUAUUGUGAAUGAAGUUGAUUUGGAUGGAAAUGUUGUACAUUUAACUUCACUGAAUGUUCCUCCUGAGUUGGUUGAAAAGAAGGAAGAGAAUGUAUCUGAGCAAUCAGGUAAAAGCUACAAGGAAGAAAUUGAAUCGUUCAGGUCGCUCGCUGGUGAUGUGGAUGCUGAUCGCCUGAAAGAUUUCGUUGAGAAAAUUACUUCUGGUGCUGGACAUGAUAUAUCUCCGUUAGUUCUUUCUCCAAGCUCUGACAAAGGUCAUCGGACGGCAGUGCACCUCUUCUUCAAGGAGAAACUGAAAUUUCUCAUAACAGACACAAUAGAUGGUCCCCAAGACUUAUCAAAAUGCAUUCGUGUGAGGCCUAAUUCGGCAGGGAAUCAGAAUAAGGGCAGAAAUUGCCGCAAACGGAAAGAAAGGGAUGAUAAGCCAUUUGAUAGUAGAGGUGCUCAUGAUUGGCCAGAACAUCUUGGCAAUUUUCUCAGGUUUCAUCUUUACAAGGAGAACAAGGAUACUCAAGAGGUCCUCAGGUUGAUUGGCAAGAUGCUAGGAGUCCAGGCUAAGACAUUUGGAUUUUCUGGUACAAAAGAUAAGCGUUCCGUGUCUACUCAACAGGUAACUAUGUUCAAGCAGCGUGCUAGUAGAUUGGCAUCCCUCAAUGCAAAGCUGAUUGGUAUAAGAGUUGGCGACUUCUGCUAUGUCCAAGAAGGGCUUCAGCUUGGGCAGCUUUUUGGCAAUAGAUUCACAAUAACUCUUAGAGGCCUUUCUGCUGAUUCUGAAGACACUAUCAGAGCAUCUACAGAUGCCUUGGGAAAGCAUGGAUUUAUUAACUAUUUUGGUCUACAGAGGUUUGGAAGAGGCUCAGUACCAACUCAUCUUAUCGGAGCAGCUUUACUUCGUGGAGAGUGGAAAGCUGCAGUUGAUUUGAUUCUUGAUCCAAGGGAGGGGGAAAGGGAAGCUGUAAGAAAGGUUCGAGAACAUUACAAGGAAAGCAAUGAUGUUGAAGGAGCACUGAGGCGAUUACCACAUAAUAUGGUUGCGGAAAGAUCUGUUCUGCUAUGUCUAAAGAAAUGUCCUGGAAAUUAUCUGCAGGCGUUAAAGGGUAUCCCUAGAACUAUGAGAAUGAUGUAUGUGCACAGUUACCAAAGCUACCUGUGGAACCACGCAGCAAGCAUUAGAGUGCAGAAGUAUGGAUCAAAAAGUGUUGUUGUCGGAGAUCUAGUGUAUUGCAAAGAAGAUUCCAGUGAGAUAAUUUCUGCGCCUACAGAAUGUGAGGAUGAACUAUCUAAUGAGGCAGAAAACAAUAUCAAUCUGGAAGAGGUUGACAUAAUUGAUGUCCCUGAUGAAAAGAAUAUUCCAGUCAAAGCUGUUGACGAGGAAGAUUUGCUCAAACAAAAGUAUACAAUCGAUGAUAUUGUUCUUCCACUGCCUGGUUCAAGGGUAAUGUAUCCAGCAAAUGAUGUUGCCGAUGUCUAUCAUGACCUGGCUAGGAAGGAUGAAAUCAGCUUGGCAGAGUGUGCGCACAAUGUCAAGGAGUUCUCAAUAACAAGUAUGAGUGGAGCUUAUAGACGUGUUCUCCAGAAACCAAUUGAUUUUGAAUGGGAAUUACUGAAGUACAGGGAUCCCAGUGCGCCUUUGGCAGAUACAGAUUUGGACAUUCUAGCAAAGUCCGAGUCUGGAAACCGGAUUCAAAUGGAGGGAAAAGCCCAUGGCAGUGAGGUCAAUUCAUCUGAUCCCAUAAAUGUAUCAGAUAAAUGCAAUGAUCGAGCCCCAAGUGACACUGUGGCAGAUAGUGCAAAUGAGGGCUCUGAUUUAGAGGUCAUGCAGACAGCUCUCAAGCUCAGUUUAACCCUGCCCUCAUCUUGCUAUGCGACAAUGGCUAUAAGGGAGCUUCUAAAAACAUCAACAUCUGUCGCAUUUCAUAAGACUUUGAAUGACCAAGUGUAGCUGCAUGAAGCAACGGUAUACAUUAGAUGCAAUUAAUUAAGGGGAAUAUGCGCAGAAUCAGACUGCAGACUAAGAUUCGGCAGUUUCUGCCAUCUUCAUCACCCAGACUCUGAAACUUGCCAAGAAGAUGAUUACAUGUAUUUUACUUGUCAGGGGAUGGUAAUGGAUGGCCAGGGGUUUUGUAAUCGUUCAUUUAUUUUCUCCCAUGUAAGCAUUACCGGGGUUUCACUUUGUUAAAGAAGUUCAAGUGCUAAGUGAAGUCCAUUCUUUUUUGUGUGCUCAUAAUCUCGUGUUCUUAUGAGCAAUGUAACUCUGCAAGUGUACAAGAUAAUGUGACAAAGUAGAAUGCAAGGAAAAGAAUUAUAACUGUUCCUUUAUGGAAUCGUGAUUGGAUGCAUCAAGUACUCACAAGUGGCCAAUUGAAAUUGUCUUUUCUUUA